ACCCCUCAACGUACAUAGCGUAGCAGAAACUCAGCCUCCUUCCACCCUGAGUUGGAGUCAUCAAUCCUCGCCCAGCUUCGAUCCCCGUCAAACUCGACCCCAUGCAGCUCCGCGCCCGCGAUCUCCUCUUCACUCUGGCUGUGCUGGCCACCACGGUUGCCAACGCCCAGCAGAGGCCGAAGUGCCCCAGGUGCCCCAACGCAUACGGUAUUCCAUGCACACCAGCGCAGAUGGAGCAAUUCAACCUUUCAGCCACAGGCCAAUGCCGGCCCAACUGUCAUAACAUCGUUGAAAAAGGGAACUACAUGUGCGCAAAAUGUCCGGUAAUAUUUCGCAACAACCCAGGCUACAGUAGCAAAUCGCUCUCCAGGCCGUGUCAUCACUACGGACUGGAGGUCAUCCGCGACGAGCGUGGCAUCAUGGUCGGCUCCACCCCUCCCUCGUCGGGACCCUCCGAACCUGGCUCUUCUCAACCUGAAGAUGAAGAGAGUCCCUACAUACUACAUCAUUUCAUCUAGUCCCGAUGGGUUACCAGCAACAAACCCUUGGUCAACUGUGGCAUGUUGAAGGCUAUAACCACCCGCUGGACAAUAUCUUUUUUGUACCUGACCCACUCCUACAAACACAGAUAAUAAAAUAUUCACAGGAUCAGCCUACCCCGCUUCC